GGUUGAAGAUUAUUGGGGAGCUGGGCCUGAAGACUUUUUCUGUGGAAGAGACCAUGCUUUUCACUUUUUUCUCCAGUUUCUUUGAAUUUUGGUGUUUUUGAUAAUUCCUUAUCCGAGGAGGAAGAUUCACUUAGAUACUGCUCUAAUGGUGUCCAACUAUUUUGCGAUAGGACAAGUUUCUUGAUUCCAUCUUCCAUGGCAUAGGCAAGCGGUUUGGCCAUUCAUUGUCUUGUUUGGUCGCUGAGAAAAUGGAGCAGAAACAGAUAUUGUUUUCUCGGUUGUUAUCUCGCACUCUGAUGGCUAGAGAUCCUUGGUGACUGAAUUUUCCCAGGAGAUUUCUGAGAGUAUUGCUUGGAAUUUCGUUGGAAUUUCCAAGACGGCUAUUUACGUUUAUUUUCUCAUAAUUCUUCGUUGGGGCCAAGCUAUGAUGGUACUGUUGAUCCUGUGUACAACAGAGCCACCAAUCAAAAGAAGAGCGGGUUUAUGGAUUAAACAAGCAGGUCGAGGUUCAUACCGGGGUAGCUAGGGGUCGAUCCUGAAGUUGUUAUUAGUUCUGAUUCUGAUUCUGGUUCACUAAGCAAAGUUCCCAAAAAUUGAAUGGAAGCCACUUCUGUAACACAUUUGUUGAAAAGUUUUUGUGAUUAUACUCAUUGGAAUUAUGCUGUGUUUUGGAAGCUUAAUCACCAUCUUCCAAUGACCUUGACCUGGGAAGAUGGAUACUGUGGUUGCCAAAAAGAAAACGGGGCUGUGGAAAGCAUCCCCAGCGGCAUUAAUUGUGAAGCCUCAGAUUCUGUCUUUUUUACAAGUAAUGAAAGUACUGGUGAUUCUGGAGCUUAUUCUGUUCAGCCACUCAUGAAUGAAAUGUCUAAUCUGAAGUACAUUUUGGGAGAGGGGAUUGUUGGAGAAAUAGCUCUUAAAGGGGUUCAUUGUUGGGCUUUCUGUGAGGAUGUCUUCACAAGUAAUUUCAACGCUAACAUAAUAUCUGAGUGCCCUUAUGAAUGGCUUCUUCAAUUUGCAUCUGGCAUAAAGACUAUUGUGGUUGUACCAGUUCUUCCACAUGGAGUUUUGCAAUUUGGUUCAUUUGAAGCGGUUGAUGAAGACCUGGUAUUUGUUGCCAAUGUCAAGGAGAUAUUCAAUUCGAUGUGUUGUGGGGUGUCAAAUACUACAUUUUUGAGCUCAGAUGUUGAUAUUCAAGCACCGUUAUUCUCAUCCUUGACAGAUUGUCUUGUGGAUAAGUUGGAUGAAGCGUCUUCUAUUUCAAACAAUAAACUGGAAGACAAACUUUAUGGUGGCACAUCACUUGGUGUAGAUGGAUCGACAAGGUUAUAUUCAACAGGGCCAUUAUUUAUUCACAAGGAGUGUCGCACGUUUGGGGAAGAUCAAUUGGAUAAUCCCAAGAAGGCUCGCAAAAGUGAGAUCAGUUCCCCGUACACUGGAGUUUUGAAAGAUCCGAGACACAUAGGUCAGGUGGACAUGAAUUUGAGCCAAACGGAAGAAAAGUUAUUGGCCUUUUCUCAGUGGGUCAACAAUGCGGGAUUAUUUGAUGAGAUAACAAAUGAAACGUGCUCUUACUCCAGCGAAGAUAUGACAGAACAUUUUGAAGGCAAUAAUACUGAUCAUAAAAAUGGUGAUGAUGUGCAUGGUUUAUCUGAAGUUUCCUUGCACUUUGAUUUACAUAGAGCACUUGGACACACUGCUAAUGGACAGACAGCUGAGCCUCUGUGGAAAUAUUUUUCUGCUCAUGCAUGCAGUAGCUCACCUUUGAUGUUAGAUGGGAAAGGGCAAGAUUAUGUUAAAGAUUUGCAGUUUCUCAACGAAGGUAAUUCAGAAUAUCUUUUGGGUGCUGUUAUGGGCAGUUUGGAGAGUGCCUUGGAUGAUUCUUCAUUGAGCGAAGCCACUGAUGUUAAGCCUCCUGUAACCUUGCCAAGAGAAUGUACUGCUUCCAUUCCUCCACGUAGUCAUCCUGAAGAAAGCACUUGGAUGGUGAAUUAUUCAGAUCAUGAAAAUUGUGUCGCACCUGACUUUAUGGCCAAGUGCACGGAUGAUUUCAGUAACCUUGUUACAUCAAGAUCUUUUGAUGGCAAUUCAAGCAUAUUGAUUAAUGAGACAGAGCAGGAGAAGGUUUACGGUCGUGUGCAGCCUAACAGUGGACCCAAGCUUUCUAGCACCAGCAAGAAAAGAGCCAGAGUCGGGAACACCAAAAGGCCAAGACCCAGGGAUAGACAGUUGAUUAUGGACAGGAUGAAGGAGCUGAGAGAACUUGUCCCAGAUGGUGCCGGGUGUAGCAUUGACAACCUCUUAGAACGGACGGUAAAGCACAUGCUGCACUUACGAAAUAUUACAAACCAGGCUGAGAAACUGAAACGAUGCUUGCUUCAGGAGGUACCUAAGUGCGAUAAACAGAAAACCAAUGGCAGCCAUUCAGGAAGGAGUUAUGCAUUUGACUUUGAAAGUGAACGCCAACUAUGCCCCAUGAUCAUCGAAGAACUUGGAUGCUCAGGGAACAUGCGCAUAGAGAUGAUAUGCAGUGAACAUGGGUUUUUCUUGGAGAUUGCCAAUGUGCUCCGACGGAUGGAGCUAACCAUUUUGAAAGGUGACUUGGAAAGUCGUUCGGGCACCAUGUGGGCUUGUUUCAUUGUUGAGGUUCCCAGAGGUUUUCAGAGAAUGGAUAUUAUGUGCCCUCUGUUGCAUAUUUUGCAGCAAAUGAAGAAAAGUUUCAAGUAGAAUUUUGACAUUUCCAUCUAUCAAAUCAGUAAAGGCGUAUGACCUAUAUCUUGUAGCAUUUUUUUGGUUUUGUGUGUGUGUGAUGUAGAAGACAACAGUUAAUUUCAAGCCUCUACCUAAUGAUGAGCCAGCUGCUGAAAAUGGUGACUAACCAGCGGGUAAAAAGAAGGUUCAUUGACUUCAGGGCGCUUUUGGGUUCUGGCUUUUGAGGUCGACCAAAUGAAAACGUGCACAUUUAGAGUUGAUGACUUGUGGGAAGAGAAUUCUCUUGUAGAGAAUCACUGCCAUUCUACAUGCGGAUUCAGAUUAGGGACGGGUGUGCUGCUCCUUUAUGAAAUUAAGAACUUUUAUUUGUAAUGGAGGAAAAGGCUGUGGUCUUUUAUGUAUUUAGCGUCAACUAUGCAAAAUAUUUUUUUUAAUAUAAAAUCUGGGAUCGAAUUUCUUUGUGUUAUAAAUGUAUUAAAACUUAAUGCUGCAGUUUGUUAAUUAUAAUUAGAUAUUAAAUAAUGGUAA